AUGUACAAGAAACGAAUGGGCCACGGGCGCCGUGAUGACCCUGUUGGCUUCCCUGGUCCAGUAUCGUUGGUCUCCAUACCAGCCCCAGGUUUUCAACUCGUCAGCUUGAGCACAGUUGGAUUGAAACAAGGGUCCUUUCUUUCCUGGCCUAGCGCCCGACAACAGACGACAGUCUCGGUACAUCGGUCACUCAUGAGAGUCACUGGCAUGAUUGUGUACCAAGCCAUGCAAGACAUGCGACCGAUGUGUGAUUCGAAAGGCAGACCGAGCCUUCAACUGCUGGUAUUCUAUUUGCUGAAUGUCCGAUUUGUUUCGGGCAUUUCUUUCUCUCUCUCGCAUUUUAGUAGUUUGCCGAGUUUCCAUCUCACACCAUAUUGCUCAAUGUGA